GGACACUUGUCAGAGGGACAGCGCUUUGCUUUCGCGGACUAGUAGUGGACAGGUGCAAGAACGUUGUUAUUGGAAAAACCCGCGGAGUUUACUUCGUCCCGAUCAAGUUAAUUAUAUUGGAUACUUUUGAGAUUCACAAGACAAGAAAAAUGAAGUCUCCAAAGUUGAAGUCUCAAGGCAAAUCUAAUUUCCUUGAGGAGGAUGAUCUGUCUGACGUGCUGUGUGAGUUCGACGCGGUGAUCGAGGAUUUCACUUCCCCGGUGGAGAAGAGACACUUCCGGUACGACGAGCACCUGAAGACUGUGAAGAGACGGAGCAGCGCCAGCGUCAGUGACAGUGGCAUCAGCGACUCAGAAAGUGCUGAGUCGCUGAACAGGAACAGCUUCAGUUUCAGUGAUGAGAGACUGAACUCUCCCACCAUCUUCUCUCCCUCUCCCACCUCCCCCCCACCUCUCACAUCACCCAAAGCCAAACUGGGAGACACUAAAGAACUGGAAGACUUCAUUGCUGACCUUGACAAGACAUUAGCGACUCUAUCUCCAGUUCCUGCUAGAGGAUUGAGCACUGUGCUCAACAAUGCCUGUUAAGGCAUGUGACACGGAGCUGAAGAGAAGUGGCAGAGACCCUUUUUGGAGAGUAGCCAUCGAGAGGAGGGGACACCUUGUCCAGCACCCCAGAACACACACACACCGGGAGUGCUGUGAACAUGGCACAGGAACAGUCACAGUGACCGUCAGACUUGCUGAACAACUUCAUCUCAAGGCUGUGUCCCAAUAGUAUGAGACAGCUUCAUCUCCUUGUCUCCUUUCCUUCUCCUCAUCUCCUUUCCCUCAUUAUCUGAUCUGAUUGGACUGGACUGGAUAGGUUUUUCUAGGUUUGUACAGUAAGAAUGGGCAAAUCUGAAUUGGCACCUCAUGCUAUAUGGCAUAGGGUGAUAUUUCGUACGAAGCCCCAGUUUAAAAGCUAUUAGCAGUCAUGGAAGAGAGGAGACUAGGGGAGGAAAUUAGGAAGGAGACAAGGAAAGGAAGCUUUAUAAAAGUAUUGGGACACUGUUAGACAGACAAACACCAUCUCACAUACAUGGGGCAGUCUGUGCGUCCUUUAUACAAAACUUGAGCUGGAAGAUUAUUUAAGAAAUAGCUUUUUACAAUAGAAGUAUAUUUGUCAUUUUAUAGAGCUGGUCAUUGUAAAUGUAUCAAUAAUACCUUUUUGUGAAAUAUAUUUUUGUAUCUAUGUGUAAAUAAUAAUUGUUUCAAAUUCUAUUGCCUUGGUAUUAAAAAGCGUAUAUGAUAAGUUUAAGGUUUGGCACUUGUUGACUGAAGUUGAGAUGUUUGAUGCUUCUAACGAAUGCGAAGUAAAAUCUGGAUUAACUCUGAAAAACUGGAAUGCAACAAAAUGUAUUGAAUACAGCUAAUGUCAAUUGCCUACCAGAGAAUAUUAAAAUGAAAUAUUGUUGUUUUAAAA